AUGUCUGCUACAAUCCAUGGAGCUGCAACAGCCUUGUCGACGUUUAAUUCCGUCGAUUCGAAGAAACUCAUUUCCUCUUCUCGCACAAAUCUUCCAGCGAGGAGCAAGAGAUGCAUUGUCGCUGGAUCUGAUGCUAGUAAGCGCUCGGGUUCUGGUCUCAGAGUUCAUCACUCUCAGAAAUUGAUUUCAAAUGCUGUUGCGACGAAGGCGGGCACAUCUGCAACCACUGGCACUGGGAAUGUUUUGCACAUUCUAUGCUUUGCGAAUUGGAUAUUGAUUUUACUCAAUUUAAUUAUCUCUUUCCUGAACAAAAUGAUAAGCAUGGCAUGCAGACUAAAUCUCCGAUUUACAUCUUUCAUAUGUGUUUGUUGUAUAUAUGCCUUUGCUUUCUCUUUGUCUCUGCCUUUGUUUAAAAACAUUGAUUUCAUCUCGAUGGGAUUCGAAGUUAGCCAGAAAGUAGGUAGUUCUAACUAUUGUGCGUCCUGGCCAAUUCUUGAUUGGAAAAGCUUGAAAGGGCGAGAUUUAAGACAUGAACUAUUGCUUUUCGAGGCUCUUCAAGAAGGUCUCGAAGAAGAGAUGGACAGAGAUCCACAUGUAUGUGUUAUGGGGGAAGAAGUAGGCCAUUACGGAGGCUCCUACAAGGUGACCAAAGGCCUUGCUGAUAAAUUUGGCGACCUCAGGGUUCUUGACACUCCUAUCUGUGAAAAUGCAUUCACCGGUAUGGGCAUUGGAGCUGCCAUGACUGGUCUAAGACCUGUCAUCGAAGGUAUGAACAUGGGUUUCCUCCUUCUCGCCUUCAACCAAAUCUCCAACAACUGUGGAAUGCUUCAUUACACUUCUGGUGGUCAGUCCACAAUCCCAGUUGUCAUCCGUGGUCCCGGAGGAGUGGGACGCCAGCUUGGUGCUGAGCAUUCGCAGCGGUUAGAAUCUUACUUCCAGUCCAUCCCCGGGAUCCUGAUGGUUGCUUGCUCGACUCCUUACAACGCCAAAGGCUUGAUGAAAGCCGCGAUAAGAAGCGAGAACCCUGUGAUUCUGUUUGAACACGUUCUGCUCUACAAUCUCAAGGAGAAUAUCCCGGACGAAGAAUACAUCUGGUAUGACCCUGAGGUUAUCGAUAUCAGGUCGCUAAAACCGUUCGAUCUUUACACCAUCGGAAACUCGGUUAAGAAAACUCACCGGGUUUUGAUCGUUGAGGAGUGCAUGAGAACCGGUGGGAUUGGAGCUAGUCUUACGGCUGCCAUAAACGAGAAUUUUAAUGACUAUUUAGAUGCUCCGGUCAUGUGUUUGUCUUCUCAGGACGUUCCUACACCUUACGCCGGUACUCUGGAGGAGUGGACUGUGGUUCAACCGGCUCAGAUCGUGACUGCCGUCGAGCAGCUUUGCCAGUGA